GAACAUCACGAAUUUGUCAAAGAGAGUGAGAUGUCUGAGUGAGCAAACAUGGUCUCCUCCAAUUCACCAAAAAGGUCGCUGGAGAAUGCCUCCGCGUCGCCGGGGACUCCGGACCUAUCAGACAACGCUGGCUCCGCGUAUCGGGCCAUUGAAAUCACGUCCACCGAUACAGUGAUCGAGACGGCGGAUAGGCACAGAUUGCCCGGCGUACCGAUCGAGGAGGCGAGGAAAUUGAACGCGUUACGAAGUGAAAAGGGGGAGCACAGGGGGAACGGAAACUUUGGUCCUCCCGUUGGGGCGAAGGACCAGCGGAGGGCAUUGUCGCCCGGACCUCGAGAUACCGCAAAGAACAAGCUGCAAAAAGCUGGUGAGUGCCUGAACACUGCAGGAGAACGAGGUGUGUGUGUGGGGAAUACCAAUAUCGAAAAAGCCCCUGCUUUCACUCAUCCCUUGUUCCCUCCAUUGCCGGUUUAUGGACCCCCCACGUUCCUGCGGAGACUGCAAUGCGUGGUUUUUCGCGUCUGUAGCGGGGUGCUGUCGCUUUGUUUUUUAUUUAUCAUUAUCAUAGGAGCCAUUGUUAAGUCACUACCCCCGGUGCUCGUGAGUUUGGUCAGUCUGCUACGUGGUCAGAAUCCAAACGCUACGAGACCGUUCUACAAGAUUGAGAGAGAUCGUGCAAGAAAGCGGAGGGAGGAGAUUAAGGCUUGGAAGGCUCGGCGGAGGGAUUCACAGAGUGCGGGGGAUCAGGGUGGUGAGAGGGGAUUGAGGAAUAAACAGAUUGCUGGGGGAAAGGAUAAUCUGGUGUGUGAUGUCGGGUAUUAUGCUAGAAGGGCUGGGCUGGACGCGGAGGAGUUCGAGGUUCGGACGGAAGACGGGUUCUUGAUUAUGAUGCAGCAUAUAUAUGAUCCGGAUGACCCCCCCUGCUACCUGGGUGAGAAAACCGGUGGGAAUGAUAGAGCGAGAAAUACGAAUGGGAAGAGGAGAAAAUAUCCCGUUUUGCUUAUGCAUGGGCUUCUUCAGAGCUCCGGUGCUUUUUGUGUCAAUGAUGAGGAUAGUUUAGCAUUCUAUUUAUGCAAGGCGUAAGUUCCCGCGGGUCCAGCACGCCAAAUUUUCUGACCCAACGUGAUAACAGAGGCUAUGACGUUUGGCUCGGGAACAGCCGCUGCGGCUUCAAACCCAAGCACACAAUCCUCCGCUACUCCGAUCCUAGAAUGUGGGCUUGGAACAUCCGACAAAUGGGGAUAAUCGAUCUCCCCGCCUUAAUAGACCAUGUUCUCUCGACAACCCGCUUCCCUAAACUCGGCCUUAUCUGCCAUUCCCAAGGCACUACCCAAGCCUUCGUAGCCCUAGCAAAGCAACAGCGCCCAGACAUUGGUUCAAAAAUAUCCGUCUUCUGCGCACUCGCCCCAGCAGCAUACGCGGGGCCGCUGAUUGAUAAACUCUACUUCAAAUUCAUGAAGAUCAUAUCUCCCUCCAUGUUCCGAAUAGUCUUUGGCAUCCACGCUUUCAUCCCCUUCAUGAUGCUCAUGCACGCCACCCUGCCCGCGCGAGUAUACGGCGCGCUAGGAUACCGUGUGUUCUGGUUCCUUUUCGGCUGGAGCGACGCCCGCUGGGAUAAAGGCCUCCGCGACAGAUUCUUUCAAUUCGCACCUGUAUUUGUCUCCGCCGAGGCGAUGAGAUGGUGGCUUGGCCGUGAGUGCUUUGCAAGGCAUAAAUGCAUAUUAUCUACCAAAAGCGAAGAGGAGGAAGUCGACCUAGAGAGAGAAGGCAUAAUGAGGCAGGAAAAACAGAAAGAGCUAGAAAAUGAACGGAAGGAGGGGGGUAGUGACCAGGGCAAAGGGUUGUCACCGUCACCAUCUACCAAUGGAGGGCCGUGGUACGACGGCCGCUGUCCCCCGAUGGCGUUCUGGGUCGCGGGCAAUGAUGACUUAGUUGAUGGUCCGAGGCUCAUCAGACGCUUCGAAAGGGGCAAGGAACCAGAUGUCAACCUUGUGCAUGCGAAAGUUAUUGAGGAAUAUGAGCACCUGGACGUUAUCUGGGCCGUGGAUGCCCCUGAGCAGGUGUUUAAAGAGUUGGUAGACGUGCUAUGGAAGUGUGUAGACGAGGAUGUCAAAAGGGACGUGAUUCUCCCUCGGGGUGUUGGGGCGUUGGCGAAUGGGCAAUGAAGUGGUACACGUGUUGUGUACAUAUAUCUACCGGUAUGUCCCGGAGGAUGUUUUGGUUUUUGCUGGCUUCCAUCUGCUGUUUUCUGUUUUGUUUGGAGUCUUCUAUUGACCCGCCUCUUCCCACCGGUCGUGAUUGGAUUGUUUAAGUUAUAGAGUUGGUAAUCAGCAA